CAAGGCAGGCUAGGAAAGAAAGAGAGAAAGCCAAGUGGGCAACAACCUCUUCCACUGGAAGGCAUCUCAAGGCAGGCAGCAGCACAAGCAUUUUUCUGGUGACCCUAUCCUGGCUCAUCCUUCCUGCCUGCCUCUCCAAGGAUAGACCACAGCUUGCAGCGUGUGGGUGUCCCCUUAUCUUUCCUCAUGGACAAUAUCCUUUUUAUUUUCAUUUUUGCAUAAACAGAUUUUUAUUCCUUUUUCUUUUUCUCUGUUCAGUACUUCUGAAUUGUGGUUUCCAAUUAGUAGAUGCAUUGAGUCGAUUGAUGUAAACAUGUAAACAAAAAGCUAUGUCUCUUUCUGUUUUUUGUAUGUUCAAAGUCACACUAAUCUUCUGUUUGUAACAACCUGAUUGACAUGAAACAGACAGUAAGAAAACCCGGAGGUGACUGCAUCACUGGACGGAUAUUUCAGUCAGGCCACACACCAUCAGGCAUCAGUCAAAAGGAGAUUCAGUUUGAUGCAAUUGGGUGUCUACCGGCGGUCUAUUCUUUCCUGAAGAUGGAUGUUUCAGUUGUUCAUAGUGCGGUGGUUGUUGUCGGUUCUGACGUCACGUCGAAGAAAAGAGAUGGAUCAUCGACAUCGAGUGUUGCAAAUUUUCCGUAGGAAGGAAUUUUCUGUUAGUUAUUGUUGUUCUGAAGAAAUCGACACUUGAUUUCACUGGGAACAGAGUGGUUCUGUUCAGGCUGGCGUGUAGCUCUGCAGAGAAGGAGGAAUUCCUGCACACGGACUGAUCGAUGCUAAUAACUUUGACGACACAGAGAUUGACAAAGCUUCCUUUGAAGUUGAUGGAUUAUCCAGUGAGAGGACACGGUCAACGGGUUAGGUUAUCGGUCAUCACGGUUUUCUUUUAUCUUUUCUUCCAAGGAUCGAUUAAACACCACACCGGCCACCAGCCCAUUGUUGGAUCUCAAGUUAAUGGGCCUGGCCCAUCGUUUGAUCCAUCAUCCGUUUUUUUUUAUCUGAGGGAGAUGAAGGUUUAGAGGUGGCCGCCUGCCUGAUGGAUAGUUGGGGCGGGGAAAAUUGUGUUAAUGGGCUGGCGAACUAGAUCUUGGUUCAUGGGCUUCAGAGUUAGGUUCUCUGGUAUGGAAUCGUGGGCUCUUGUCUUCAGAGUUAGUUCCGCAGAAGGCGGGCCAGACCAAUUGGUCUCCGUACAUGGUCAGUUUUGCCAUUCCCAUUUUUUUCUUGCCGAAUAUUUUGCCUAAGGUUGGUUUGAGCUAGACCCAAAUUCAAAUUCAAGUACUACCUCAAAAUUCAUUCCUUUCUUCUAACCACGGAAGCGACUGAAAAAAAGUUCUGUAAAAGCUCUAGUGUAAGUCAAGCCAAGUCAAACAUGACAACAUGACAGCCACGUGGCUUCCCACCGUUGGCCAGUCCCCGACACGAUUGCCUCUGGCCCACGUGAGAAAGAGACCGACUUGACCGACCGCCCCUGCGUCUGCUACCGCGGGUCUCCGGCGGGCGACGACCUGUCAGUCGCCGUCGUCCCCCCUGCUGCUGCCUUGCCCGGUCAAUCCGAAUUUUCUUGCACGGCCAAUUAAGCAGUAAGCACCCCUUUUCGUACACACAGUACGCAAAUAUAAGCCGCAGCUAAUUUCGCCAUCUUUUUCGUAAGCCUCUGUUCGUGCGUGUGGUUGGAUCGCUCCUGUCUCGUCUCUCCAAAAUUCUCCAGUCCGUCAUUUAUUUCCAUGGCUUGUAAGCUAAGCUAGAUUAGCUGAUAUACUCUGCUUUUUCUACGGCGAGCCCUGCACUUGACUUCACGUUGGCAUUAGCUCGAGCAAAGUGUGUGCAUGGCGCGGCUCCUCCUCUGCUCCUUCGUCUCCCUCCACGCCGGCAGCGGAGCGGCGGCGGCGCCCCUGGUGCAGGUCGUGCUGGUCGCGCUCGUGGUGGCGGCGGCGGUCGUGUCGCUCUGCACCAGCCGCGCGCACGCCAAGCGGUGGAGGCGGACGACGACGGAGGCGCCGCUCUCGAAGCCGGCUGAGGACGACUGCGGCUGCGAAAUUGAGGCUGGGAGAAGCGGGCGGAAGCAGCGGCUGGGCGCUAGCCUGAGCGGGAUCGGCGGCAGGGCGGCGGCGGCGGCGGUGGCGAAGAUGGCGUCGUGGAGGAAGAAGGACGACUGCAGGCAGUCUCCCGCCGGCAGCGAGGAAGAAGACGGCGACGACGAGAAUGAGGUGGAGGCAGCGGUGUGGAGGAAGGGCAUCAUCAUGGGGGACAAGUGCCGCCCGCUCCAGUUCUCCGGCCACAUCGCCUUCGACUCCCACGGCAACCCGCUGAAGGUUGCCGGCGACAGCCGCGCCAAGAAUUAGCUCGCGCGAUCAUCAUCGAUCGUCGUAUACAGAUUCGGUUGGAUCGUACGUCUCAGGGUGUUGUGUGUAACCGUGUAUGAUCGACUCCGUCCUCACUGCUGUGUGUGUGCUUGCUGAUCACGUGUCGAUUUUUGCUCACUAGAUGUGUCAAGGUAGUGAGAUCAUUGUCUGUUCUGCUACAGAGAAGGGAGCAUAUAUUGACCAUCUUUUUUCCACUUGUUCUAUGGCACGUACGUUAUCUUUGGAACAUUUG